AUAGAAAAAUGUGACUGUCGAAACACACAAAAUGGAUUCAGACGUUCGACGGAAAAUACAAGGCUUUUUGUGCUUGGCUCUGGUUCUGUGCUGUUGUGCGUGGGCAGAUGGUGAAGUGGAACCGGUCGAUGCUAAAGCUGGAGCCACAGUGACGUUUAAAUGGAAAAAAACUUUCAACCCGGAUGAGCAGCUUUUAUGGACUUUUGAAACAUCUGACCGUUCCAUAAUGAUCGCCAAAAUCACUUAUUCUGAAGUUCGACUCUCGGUUUUGGAUCAGUUUCAGAGCAGAAUUAAUUUGGACAAAGAGACUGGAGACCUGAUCCUGUCCAACCUGACUGUGAAUGAUACGGGACAGUACAAGCAGCAACGCAUCGGACCAUUCAUCUCAUACAAGUUAUUUAAACUCACAGUCUACAAUCCCCUCUCCACACCCUCAGUCGACAUUGUACAGAUACAUCCUGGAGGGUGCCAGCCGCUCCUGAUCGAGUGCUCUACUGAAAACAGCAGAAACCUGAGCCUGUCCUGGUUCAGAGGGACAGUCCAACUCAAAAACAUGUCCAGUGUUGAGUUAGCCCGGCUUUCUCUCCCUUUGGAGUUAGGGCUCGGUGAAACCAGCAAAUACAUCUGUGAAGCACAAAACCCAAUGGAGAAACAGAGCAUGAAUUUUGACCCUAACCAGCUGUGUCUGAAGAAAGGAGAGACCGGCAGCUGCCAUAAUGAGCUCAUGGUGAGAUUGAUCCUGUCUGCAAUUAUCGGUCUGGUUAUGAUUGCUCUUGUGGUCGACCACCUCAGGAUCAGGAACUGA